AUGAGUCAGAAACCUGUGCAAGAGGCACCCCAUGUCUCGGGCCAGUCCAACACUCCUAUGUCAGCACCUGCUCAUGCUCUCACGUAUGAGCAGGUUGCCAAGGAGUUGAACGCCAAUCUUGAAGAUGGACUUACGGACCAAGAAGCCAAGAGUCGCCUUGAGAGUGCAGGACGCAACGAAUUCGGAGAGCAAGAGGGUGUUCAGCCUUUCAAGAUCUUUAUCGGCCAGAUUGCCAAUGCUCUCACUCUAGUCCUCAUCCUCGCCAUGGCUGCUUCUUUCGGCAUUCAGUCGUGGAUCGAGGGUGGUGUCGUUGCUGCUGUCAUUAUUCUCAACAUUGUCGUCGGGUUUCUACAGGAGUUUCAGGCUGCCAAGACCAUGGACUCUCUUCGUGGUCUCAGCUCCCCGACUGCCUCAGCUGUUCGAAAUGGCAACAAUCAGGUUAUCCCUACAGCCGAGAUCGUCCCUGGUGAUAUGGUCGAGCUCAAGACUGGUGACACUAUUCCUGCUGAUCUCCGCCUCAUCGAGGCCGUCAACUUUGAAACCAACGAGGCCUUGCUCACCGGAGAGUCCCUUCCCGUCAGAAAGGAGAUCAACAGGGUUUUUGACAGUGAGACCGGCCCUGGUGAUCGUCUCAACGUUGCCUACAGCUCCUCGACUGUGACAAAGGGUCGAGCUCGCGGCAUUGUCUUCGCCACUGGUAUCUAUACAGAAAUAGGUCAGAUCGCUGUGGCUCUUCGUGGCAAAUCCUCCAAACGUCGACAGCCCAAGAGGAACGCCGAAGGCAAGGCCAACGCUGCUCGUCACGUUGAGGCUUGGACGCUGACCAGUUCCGAUGCUGUCGGUCGCUUCCUUGGGGUCAAUGUUGGUACUCCCCUCCAGCGUAAGCUUUCCAAGCUUGCUCUUGUUCUUCUUGGAACCGCAAUUGUGUGUGCCAUUAUUGUCAUGGCCGCCAAUGAUUUCAAGUCUCAGCAGGAGGUCAUUAUUUAUGCUGUGGCCACUGGUCUUUCUAUGAUUCCUGCGUCGCUGAUCGUUGUUCUCACUUUAACAAUGGCGGCUGGUACCAAGCGAAUGGUCCAGCGAAACGUCAUUGUCCGCAACCUCAAAAGUUUAGAAGCUCUUGGUGCUGUUACUAACAUUUGCUCCGAUAAGACUGGCACUCUUACCCAGGGUACUAUGAUUGUCAAGAAGGCUUGGAUUCCUGGCCGAGGUACAUACUCUGUUGGGCAAACCAGCGAACCAUUCAAUCCCACUGUUGGAGACAUCAGUCUAGCUGAGGAACAGCCAAAGAACAUCAACUUCCGCAGUGAAAAGGCUGAAGGCACUCCCAUUGACGCUGCUCAGGCUUCCCAAGACCCUGGUUUGAUGGAGUAUCUCAACGUUGCUUCCCUUGCCAACCUUGCCACUGUUCAUCUGGUCGAGGAUGAAUGGCAUGCUCGUGGUGACCCCACUGAAAUCGCUAUGCAGGUUUUUGCUUCUCGUUUCAACUGGAAUCGUAUGCGCCUAUCUGGUGGUGAGAAUCCCCGAUGGCACGAAGUCGCCGAGUUUCCUUUUGACUCAGAUGUCAAAAAGAUGUCUGUUAUCUUCAAGGACAGCAAAUCUCAGAAGCAAUGGGUUUUUACAAAGGGUGCUGUCGAACGUGUUUUAACGUCUUGUCCAACCUACGCUGCCGGUAACGAGAUCCUUGAGUUCACGGAUGCCGUCAAAGAGGAUGUGAUUGCCAAUAUGGAAUCUCUUGCCCGUCUAGGCCUUCGUGUUCUUGCCCUUGCCAGCCGAACAGACAUCCCCCACGUCGAAGACAACGAGGCUGAACUUGACCGAGGACUCUUCGAGAAGGACCUCGUCUUCCGUGGACUCAUCGGCUUGUACGACCCUCCUCGUCCCGAGUCCGCUCCUUCGGUCAAAAAGUGCCAAGAGGCCGGCAUCAACGUUCACAUGCUUACUGGUGAUCACCCCGAGACUGCUCGCGCCAUCGCUCUGGAAGUCGGUAUUCUACCUAGCCGUAUGAAUGAGAUCCCAAAGGAUGUCGCCAAGGUUAUGGUUAUGACUGCUUCCGAGUUUGACAAGCUAUCUGACGAGGACAUUGAUGCCCUACCUCUUCUGCCUCUCGUUGUUGCUCGCUGUGCCCCUCAAACCAAGGUCCGUAUGAUUGAAGCCCUCCAUCGUCGCAAGGCUUUCGUCGCCAUGACUGGUGAUGGCGUCAACGACUCGCCCAGUUUAAAGCGUUCGGAUGUAGGCAUCGCUAUGGGGCAGGCCGGGUCUGAUGUUGCUAAAGAAGCUUCCGACAUUGUCCUAACUGACGACAACUUUGCCUCUAUCCUCAACGCUGUCGAGGAAGGUCGACGGAUGUUUGAUAAUAUCCAAAAGUUCAUUUUGCACGUUUUGGCUGAGAAUAUUGCCCAAGCCUGUACCCUUCUUAUCGGUCUUGCUUUCAAGGACCGCAACAACUUGUCCGUGUUUCCUUUGGCACCUGUUGAGAUUCUCUGGAUUAUUAUGAUUACCUCCGGUAUGCCUGAUAUGGGUCUCGGCUUUGAGAUUGCUGCGCCAGACAUCAUGGAGCGUCCUCCUCAAAACUUGAAACAAGGUGUAUUUACUCCCGAGUUGAUGAUUGACAUGGUUGUCUACGGUCUUUGGAUGUCCGCUCUCUGUCUCAGCUCUUUUGUCCUUGUCCUUUAUGGCUUUGGCAAUGGCGCCGCCGACAUUGGAAACGAUUGCAAUAGCACUUAUAGCGAUGACUGCAAGGUUAUUUUCCGGGCUCGUUCCACUACCUUUGCUUGCUUAACAUGGUUCGCCUUGUUUCUUGCCUGGGAAAUGGUCAAUAUGCGACGAUCCUUUUUUCGAAUGCAACCAAAAAGCAAGAAAUAUUUCACCCAAUGGAUCCACGAUGUUUGGAGGAACCCGUUCCUUUUCUGGGCCAUCAUCGCUGGUUUCGUUACUAUGUUUCCUAUUAUCUACAUCCCUGGACUCAACACGGUCGUCUUUAAGCAUGCUCCUAUCUCAUGGGAAUGGGGUAUUGUUUUUAUUGAGGCUGUUUUGUUCUUUAUGGGUAUUGAAGCUUGGAAAUGGGCCAAGCGUAUCUACUUUCGCCGUCAAGCCCGCAAGUCAACAGGUGGUGUUAGCGACCUGGAGACCCGCGUAUUUGGCAAAUACUAUAACAUGGCUGGCGAUAGUCGUGAUGAGGAGAGUGGCGGAGAGAAGUCACCUGAGUAA